AUGGUCGACCAUGAUCUGGGGUACCUAGACUACGCCCUAUUCGUUCCGCUUGGCCGCGGGUCCGGGUGCACUGCCGUUGUCAAAACAUUGUUGAAAGCGUGGAGCGAACAAUCUGAUUGUGUUCCCGUCAAUGUUGUCCAAACGUCUACCGGCAGAAUAGAGCUGGAUCUGGAGACAAAGGCCGCCACAAUGCUGGCCCCAUGGCAGAAAGGAGCCCAUGUGUGUGACAUGUGCCUGGCGGUUUGUAUGAGUAGGUAUAUAGACUCUAGGGACGAUCAGUCACUGCUUGUAGGUGUGGAACUAAUAUCGCACUUACGUCCAAUCUCAGUGCCGACUCUACCAACUCAACUCCAGCAUACAUAUUCUUGUAAGCGACGUGGCAUGUGCUACACGGAGCACGUAUACCAUCAAUGCGCCCAUUGGGGUCGUGAGCGGAUCGUGGGAGAGCCAUGUUGCCGGGCUCGAAUAGUGGAUAGUCGCUCUACACCAUGUCUCUACACUGAGAACAUUGGAUCAGUCAAUAGUAACGAACUCUGCUCGCAGUGUAGUUACCAUAAGGCGAGAGGAGAUGCCUGGAGGCCGUUUGCGCACGUGAGCAAUGCCGGCUGGGCUAGGGUGGAAGAGAAGUUGGAGCAGAGGGUAUUGAGGUUGAGUUCACCAGCGCUUGCAAUAGAAGGUACCUUUGCUCCUUCCUGUGUUGUAUGCCAUGCUUACAAGCUCACCAGCCCGGCAUAG